AUGGUCAUCCAUGCGUGCCACCACUCCAUAGAAGAUUCGAUGGACAUGGACAUGAGCCCCCUGAGGCCCCAGAACUAUCUUUUCGGUUGUGAACUAAAGACCGACAAAGAUUAUCACUUUAUAGUGGAAAAUGAUGAAAAUGAGCACCAAUUAUCUUUAAGAACGGUUAGUUUAGGGGCUGGUGCAAAGGAUGAAUUGCACAUUGUUGAAGCAGAGGCAAUGAAUUAUGAAGGCAGUCCCAUUAAAGUAACACUGGCAACUUUGAAAAUGUCUGUACAGCCAACGGUUUUCCUUGGGGGCUUUGAAAUAACACCACCUGUGGUCUUACGGUUGAAGUGUGGUUCAGGGCCUGUGCAUAUUAGUGGACAGCACUUAGUAGCUGUAGAGGAAGAUGCAGAGUCAGAAGAUGACGAGGAGGAGGAUGUGAAACUCCUAAGUAUAUCUGGAAAGCGCUCUGCCCCUGGAUAUUGUAGCAAGGUUCCACAGAAAAAAGUAAAACUUUCUAAUGAAAGUAUUAAACAAGCCACCCACCCCGCCCCACGGGCCCAGAGGCUCAACGGAAUUGUAGUUUUGGAUGGGGAAAAACACUAA